AUGACAGUAACAUAUUCAGCGGAUGUUAGUACUGUUCGAUUUACCACUUUUGGAAAAUUAAUCUUCAGGUGGCGAGGUAGCAUUUGGAAAUCAAUCUUCAAUGAGCUUAUUAUAUGGAUGAUUGCUUAUGCUUCUCUUUCAGUACUGUACAAUUUUGUGUUGUCAGAAAAUUACAAAAGAGUCUUUGAGAAUAUAUGCCGUUUAUUUACAAAAUAUACUGAUGUAAUGCCAAUAACAUUUAUGCUUGGUUUUUUUAUUAAUAUUGUUGUUAAUAGGUUUUGGAGUUCAUUACGUAAUAUCGGUUGGAUUGAUACAUCAGCCUUAUAUAUAUGCAAAUAUAUUUCUGGUAGCGAUGAUCACGCACGUUUAUUACGUCGCAAUAUAAUCCGUUACUUACUGUUUUAUCAGGUACUUGUAUAUCGUGAUAUCAGUGAAGUGAUACGUCGAAGAUUUCCUUCAUUGGAAACAUUAGUAACAGCUGGUUAUUUAACAGAAAUUGAAUUAAUGCAAUUUAAUGCAAUUAAUUCAACAAAUCGCAAAUAUUGGAUACCAAUUCAUUGGGCAAUGGGAUUGGCACGACGUGCGCGACAAGAAAAGCGCAUCGAUAGCCCGCAUGCAUUGCAAGAUAUUUUUGAUAAAAUAAAUAAUUUCCGAUUGCAAUUAGCACAAUUAAUUAUUAUUGAUUGGGUACCAAUACCAUUGGUUUAUUCACAAGUGAUUUGCUUAACUGUUCGAUUGUAUUUUUUUCUUGCAUUAAUGGGACAUCAAAAUAUUGCUCAGUCACCUGAUGCAAAUUACGUCGAUACAAUUAACACGCAUAUACCAUUCAUAUCAAUGUGCCAAUUCAUAUUUUAUAUGGGUUGGAUGAAAGUUGCUGAAGUUUUAAUGAAUCCAUUUGGUGACGAUGACGAUGACCUGGAAAUUAACUGGCUUAUUGAUCGUAAUUUACAGGUUGGCAUGACAAUAGUUGAUCAAAUGUGGGAACCACCAUUAAUUAAGGAUCAAUUCUGGAUGAUGAAAACACCGGAACCGAUGUAUAGCGUUGAUGCGAUCAACGAACGAUACAAUCCGCAAACCGGAUCAGUCUCAUGCACUAACUUUCGACGGUCAAGUACACAAAUGAUAAUGAAAGAAAUGCUACAUUUAAAUUCAGAUAGCGAUUUGCCAAGUAGUGAAUGUGAUGGUGGAAGGUAUGAUAGUGGAAGAAGAAAUUCCGCGUUAAGUAUGACAGUAAACGAUAUUCGUAAUGCAUUCAAACGACGAUUAUCACGUCUGACAUCACGUGUAGAAUCUGUCACUGACGUUGAAUCACCAGUAUUGGAUGAAAAAACAAAAAAUCACAAUUCAUUGCAUUCAUCAUUGCAACUACAACCACAACAACAAAAACAACAACAACAACGGCAACGACAACAACAACAGCAGCAAGAACGCCGUGAAUUAAGUAUUCUUCACGAAGAAGAAGAAAAUCGAAAGCAAAAUUAUGGAUGUGAAACAAACACUACUAAGCAUUUCUCAUUAUUAAACGAUAAAAAUGAUAAUAAAAAACCGCAAAAUAGGCAAUUUAAAAAGAAAGGACAAAAAUUACGAAAGAAAAUGAGCAAAACUGAAAAUGAAAAUAAGCAAAAGGAAGAAGAAAAUAAUUCGAUAAAUUCGGAAAAAAUUAGCUAUGAUGGUGAUGAUGAGGAUGAAAGUCAAAUAGAAGAAAAAUUGUCGACUUUGUCAACUCACCUGGAGGUGAUACAGGCAGCUGAUAAUUUACCUGAAACUAUCGUUGAUAAUUACAGCAAUGAAAUGUCGGUUUCUAAAGAAUAUACUACAUUCAAAGCAUGUAAUAACGGAAGUUCAAAAUUCACACGUUUCUAA